AUGGCCGCGAAGCCCACCGUCCUGCUCACCGGCGCGUCCAAAGGCCUCGGGUUCGCCAUCGCGAAAAUCCUCCUCGGGACUUUCAACGCGAACGUCAUCGCGCUCUCGCGCACCCGCGGGCCCGACCUCCAGGCGCUCGCCGACGCCCAUGGCGACGCCCUCAUGGCGGUCGAAUGCGAUGUCGCCGACGAGGCCGCCCUCCGUGCCGCCGUCGCCCGCGGGAUCGACAAGUAUAAGGCGCUCGACGGGGUCAUCCUCAACGCAGGCGUAAUCGAGCCUCUCGGGCCCAUCGCGUCCGAAGACACCACACUCGACCAGUGGAGAAAGCACUUCGACGUCAACGUGUUUUCCCUGGUCGCCGCCCUGAAGGCCACCGUUCCAACGCUGCGGAAGAGCACGUUUGGCGGUCGCGUCGUGUUCGUGAGCUCUGGUGCCGCGACGGGCUACAUGCCCACCUGGGGUGCAUACAACGCCGGCAAAGCAGCGCUGAACAGUUUGUGCAGGACGAUCGCCCGGGAAGAGCCCGACGUGACUUUUGUCUCCCUCCGUCCUGGUAUGGUCAACACCGCCAUGCAAGAACAGAUUCGCAACAGAGGCGGUGAAGCUGGUAUGCCCCCGGAAUUCUUGGGGGUCUUCACGGGGGCAUACGAGACAGGGAAGCUCGUGGAUCCGUACGACGCCGGGCAUGUCGUGGCCGCGCUCGCCCUCCGCGCGCCCCAGUCGAUCUCGGGCGAUUUCGUGGACUGGUCCGGAGACGCGUGCAAGGAGUUCCGCAGACAGUGA